GAGCUGCUCAAAGCAAAGAGCACCUCAUGUUCGAGACAGAAGCAGAGCAUUACAUUGAUUUUAUAUUUGCAUGAUUUUUUUUUUUUGUUAAUUAUUGAGCUGCAGUUUCUAACCGGAAUGACUGAAAACAGACUUAUUGUGACGAAAAGGACCUACACACUGUCUUUGAUCGUUUUUUCAGUAUUUUGUUCCUUCACCCUGGGAUCUCUAGAGUACCACUUCGUCGACCUCUCAAAAAACUACGAAGAAGCAAAAAGCUACUGCAGAGAGAUGUACACUGAUUUAGCAACAGUUCCCAACGCCGAACACAUGAGAAACAUCAUCGCUUUGGUUUCUCAUAAAACAGCAAGAGCCUGGAUAGGACUGGAGUCCAGAGGUGUGUGGAUGUGGCAUUGGUCUCUGAUCGAUCAAAACACUGACUUUUUUAAGUGGCGAUCUGGAGAACCACAGGGAAAUAACCAAGAUUCAUGUGCAGCAAUGGAUUUGAAUGGCGAGUGGUUUGAGAGUGACUGCAGAACUGAAAGAAACUUCGUCUGUCAGAAUAAUGGGGAUACCAGCGGUCACAUUUUUGUUGCUGAAGCCAAAUCAUGGAGGAACGCUCAGAGCCACUGCCGGGACUUAUCGUCAGAUCUCGUGAGCAUACACUCAGCAGAGGAGAAUACAGCAGUGCAAAAUGUGUCUGCUUCACAAAACGUAUGGAUCGGCCUCUUCAGAGAUCCCUGGAUAUGGUCGGAUGGGAGUAAUUCAUCAUUCCGCUUCUGGAAAUCCUCUCAGCCGAAUUACCGGAGUGGCCAGAACUGUACAGCCGCUGUGUUCAGAGAUGGAGGCCGGUGGAACGAUCUGAGAUGCAGUGGGAGACGGGACUUUGUUUGUUAUGGAGCGAGGAAAUCAACUCCAGCAACUGCAAAUUCAAGAAGUACGACAGCAGCAACAUUCGCCACAAACUACACAACAACUCUCACUCCUCUUCCCAUGACCUCAUCUGAGGAAGUCGGGGAAACAUCUGAUUUCUAUGUGUCCACCGACGAGCCCACAACCACAACGGAAGUCUUCACCACAACAGCAGAGACGAGCGCCACCGGGCCCACGGCGCCGAGCACCACCCAGCUUGAGUCGCUCGCGUGGAGCACAGACCUCAGCGAGGCAACAGCGAAAACGCCAGACGCGACAGCGACGCAGCCCGGGUUUACAGUGAGCGUGAGCACGGAGACUGCCUCAGCUUCAGCAACGCACAUGAAGCACAAAGGCCAGAACACGACACAAGUCACAGGUCACAUACGGCACUCAGGAAGCGUCAUAUUGAUUCAGAAAAACAUGACGUGGAUCGAAGCGAUGAGCUACUGCAGGGAGCACCACGUCGACCUGGUCCACGUCACGACCGAAGGCCUCCAGGAGGAGGUGGCCGAGAGGGCAAAGCACGCCACGUCUGCUCACGUCUGGCUGGGACUGCGCUACACCUGCAAAUUCAACUUCUGGUUCUGGAUCCGGUCGGUCCCGGGCUGCUUCCAGAACUGGGCCCCCGGACACGGGCCCGGGAGGGAAUAUGACUGUGGAGCCAGUGGCGCUGCUGAAGCCACUGGGAGGCAGCAAUGGGUCGGAUUACCAGAGACAGAAAAACUCAACUUUCUGUGUUCUCUGUGUGCCGGAUGACAGUGGAGGUCCAGGCGUCGCUUCAAAUCACAAAAUAUGUUGAAACUACCUUUAUCUCUGAUGUAAAAUUAAAAUAAAAUAUUUCUAGUGUGUGUGUUAUUGUUCUGUUUUUGGGAGCGCCUUUUUUUCCCCCCCGUGUCCCACAUGACAUCAUGGAUCCAGCUUUUGUUGAAAUACAUCUGCCUGCUCCAUUGUUGAGCCUGAAUGUCAUUAAACAUGAAAACAUUAUGCGAUGUGUAGGCGUGCACAUUCACAGUCAUGGGCAGCAAGACUGAUGUGAGAAAAUUGAUCCGCUCGGGGUUUUCCCCCCCAGAGGUGACUAUUUGCAUGUUGACCCCCUGCGUUGGGCCCCCAGAAAGUCCUCUUUCUUUUGGGCGGCUUUGGCCAGCGCGGCCCCCGGUCCAGACUGCCUGCUGCCCUCGCUGACCUGACCUUCACUAGCAGAAGACGCCGCUCGCAGACUCUCACCUUCCUGUCUGCAGCCUUGAGGAACUCAGAGCACCGACCAGGCGGCAGGAUUCAACUGUUUCAAUGCUAAAAGUUGUGUGUGUGUGUC